GCGAGAAGGAGACCGCGCAGGAAGUGACACAAACACCGCAAGAGUCUGGACAACCACAAGAGCAAGCGCGCGACUCUCAACCGACCAAUCACGUCCAAGUCAGCCGCGGGCCCAACUCGUGCGAGAUCUGCGGCAAGGAGUUUAAGCAAUCCUACAACAUCAAAGCUCACAUGCGAAUACACAGUGGUGACAAACCCUACGCCUGCGAUAUGUGCGACAAACGCUUCAUGACGCCGCGCGACCUGAAGACACACGAACGGACGCACACCGGGGAAAAACCCUACAUGUGUAAGAUCUGUAAAAAAGUAUUUUCACAAUUGGGCAAUUUAAAGACACACGAGCGGACACACACGGGCGACAAACCACACUCCUGUAAAAUAUGCAAUAAAGAAUUUGCGGAGACGAGCAGUUUGAAAAAACAUGAGCGUAUUCACACUGGUGAAAAGCCGUAUUCGUGCGAAAUAUGUAGAAGAGAGUUCCGGUUAUCGAGUAUGUUAACUAAACAUAAAAGAGUUCACAUGGAAGAAAAACCAUACGCCUGUGGUUUUUGUAGCAAGCAGUUUGUGUUACAGGGAGAUCUACAAAUACAUGUCCGUAUACACACGGGUGAUAGACCCUACGUGUGCGGAAUAUGCGACAAGGAGUUUACACGACCGAAUACUUUGAAGCGACAUGAACGAAUUCACACCGGAGAAAAACUGUACUGCUGUGAAGUCUGUAAAAAAGAGUUCACUAAUUCCAGUGAUUUAAAAAAGCAUCGGCGAAUACACACUGGUGAAAAGCCGUACUCAUGUGAAAUCUGUAAAAAAGAGUUUACGGGCUCGAGCAGUUAUCACAGGCAUAAACUAGUUCACACAGGGGAGAAGCCGUAUUCGUGCGAGAUUUGCCAUAAGGAGUUCAGGCAAACGAGUAGUUUGAAGGAUCAUUUACGAAUCCAUACUGGUGAAAAGCCCUACGCGUGUACUUUAUGUGAUAAAGACUUUAGGGAAUUGAGCGGUUUAAGAAGGCACAAACGGACUCACACGAGGUAAAACUGUUGGAAUGUGAAUAAAAUAUACUUUUAACACAUUACCAAGGUUUUAUUUUAACGCCGCGUUGUUGC